ACAGCGUCUGAGAAAAGAUGAACAAAAACUGCUGUCAAAAAACGUAAAAUGGGCCCUAAGGCAGCAAGAACAAAACUGGAAGAGAAAAGGAGCCAGUUCGCACAGUACAAAAGCUCCAUCGAGUGCCGUUUCUAGAAUUUGAGAAUUUGUUGAGUAGAAUUGGUGUCAGGAGAAGGUACUGCAGAUAGGAUUCUCACAAUGAACAACAGUGAACAAAAAUAUGUGGGUUCGGAUUAUUCCCAAACAACAGCCAUGCCAAAAAUCAAGACCACCACUAUGAUGACCUAUAUCAUUUUAGUUCUUGUUAUACUUGGGAUCUACAAUUUCGUGGACUUUAAUUUGCCAGCCAUGCCCACCAUGGUGGAUCGAGUCGUAUUCAUGACCCGUUGGCACUUCCUGACCGUUCUGACCUUCCUCCAUAUGCUUCAGUUUGUUUUGUACAAACGUGGAACAGUGGCGUGGAAUCCCAUGAAUCCGACCACAGCUCACCUUGUCGAGGUGGAGAACCGUGUGUUGACGAAUUCCGUGGAACAACUGAUUCUGUUUGUGGGCACUACUACUAUUUUGACCACCUACUUGGAAGAGAGCCGGAUGGCCUUGAUCCCAAUUUUGAUUAUCACGUGGUGCUUUGGACGAUUGCUCUUUGGAUACGGAUACAUCUAUCAUCCGAUAUAUCGAGUUCCAGGCUUCGGCAUCAACUACGGUAUCAUUGUGAAUUUAUCAGCAGCCCUGUUCUACUACACCUUCUCGACUCAAAGCAUGUUCAUGACUAUCCCUGCCUUUGGUUUCUUGAUUUUCCACAUCUUCGCAGAAUUCCAAUUCUUAUUCAGUUAAUAGCUGGACUAAACUCCUACGUGAGGCUGGUCAGCCAGCCCAAAUCAAAAGGGAAUAAACCAUGCCUAAAUUGAUAAAUAAACAUCAUAUGACAAGUGA